AAAAAGGUAGGUCUUGAGUUUGCUUUUUAAAAAUGGUAUGGUAUCUACAGUUAUGUUAUAAUCGUCACAGCUGAAAUUUGUUACUUGGAUCACAUGGAAAGUGAUCCAAACAAACUGCCUGAAAACAAAACAACACUUUUGCAUCUAUUUUGUGUAAGAAGUUGAAGCACCACAUUAUGAAGUAUGGUCUGACCAGUGUCCAAGAAAAGUUGGGGCAUCUGAACACAAAGGCAUCAAAUGAAAAAGGAGCACACAAGCUAAUUUCAACAUUUGAUUUGUUGCUUUUAAUAACAUUUUCAAUCAAAUAUGGGUUUGUUAAACAAUAGGCUUACGUAAACCUCUGUCUAUAAAGGUACUAUACAAAUAAAAUUUAUUAUUAUUAUUAUCCCACUGGUUGUACACAACAUCCUAACUUUUCUGAAAAUGGGCCUCAUAAGCCUGGCACAAACUUGAUUAAUGCUGAGCAAAAAAAUAAUGAAUUUAUAACAUAUAAUAUUUAAUUUCUUACAUUACAUAUUAGGUAAACAUAAAGAUUUAAGUUGAGCCCGUAUCUUACAGUGGAUCAAAUUAAAUAGUGGGCACAACUAUUUUAGAUGUAUUUUGUUGGAAAAAUGAUCUGCCAACUCAAUAUUUUUAGCAACCAGAUAUUAUAUCAACUAAGUGGCAACAUAAAGAAUGAAGAUGGGCCCCUCAAAUUGAUAAAAGCUGCGAAACUUGUAAGUUAAUUUCACCUUGUGACCCCACGUGCGUUUUUACAGUUCAUGUUGCGGCAGUCAUUGCCUCAGAGCUGCGAGACUCUGUAAUGGUUUAACAAACUAUGCAAACAGAGCAGAACAGUAAUGAUGACACAGGCAGACUUCUUAAGAACAUGAGCUGACUACAUGGAAAAUGCUCAUGAAUGUCGGUAAAACGGGUAUAUUCUGAAAGUACCAACCAUACCAUAAGCAAAUAUCUAAUGACGAGUGUCAGGAAGUGGAUGAUGAAACGCGGGGGACGUGAUGAUGCAAGAAAAUAGGUGCAACAGUUUCACCAAAACGUCUUUCACUUUCUUUCAUUUACCGGAGGAAAAACCCCACUGUGUCAAAGACAGCCCCUCCCUCUGUGUCCAGCCUGCACAAGGGUGUCUUCGAUAUAUUUACCGGGAGCAAGCUAAUUUCUUUGUUUGAUGCUCUGUAGGAGGCGGUGACUGUUUGUUUGUUGGUGAAUCAAACUCACCCGCCCGUGCAUCGGAAAUGCCGCAAGUAGCUGCGCCCUCCAUAAGGAGGGAGGCGGAGACAUAAUAAGCUCACAUGAUGUCACAGUUACGGGACGUAAAAGUGCAGCCAGAGAGCUCAGAGCACUCAGAUCAGCUGCUCUUACAGAGAGCUACACCUCAGCAAAGAUAUGCAAAGCCCUCCCAAGCCUCAGUUUGCCAGCUGGCUCAUCCAGCAGGUGGAGACAGGCCAGUACACAGGCCUGUGCUAUGUGGGCCAGAAUAAGUUCAGAGUCCCCUGGAAACAUAACUCAAGGAAGGACUGCAACGACGAGGACAGCAAAAUAUUCAAGGCCUGGGCGGUUGCAAGUGGGAAAAUCAACGAUUUCCCCAAUGACAAGGCUAGGUGGAAAACCAACUUCCGCUGCGCUCUGAACAACCUCUCUGAGCGCUUCAAGAUGGUCAAAGAUAACUCCAAGAAUUCUGAUGACCCUCAUAAAAUCUACGAGAUCAUAAACACAGAGUAUAACUAUGCAAACUUGCUUGCGCAAGACUCCCUAGAGGAUCUGGAAAUGGAUAUCCAAAGCUCUCCGAUAGAGUCCUUUCCUUCAAGAAAUGAGCUAAAUCUGCUGAACAGUUUAGUGGCCUUGGAUCUUGGGAAUCAUCAUCCAGCAGAGGAGCAACCCUGGGCAGAGAAUUAUGGCCAGUCACAUCCAGCUGUGGUUGAAAGCUAUCCUGUGGCAGCAGAGAACCUCCAGCAGCCUUUACCUGAUCAGCCAUCUUACUAUGAGGUAAAUCUUCCGCCAGCCCUCAGUCUUCAAGUGCAGCCAUCUAUUAAUGACCUGGAGAUCUCCAUCUACUACAGGAAAAAGGAAAUGCUGAAGACGACACUGCACACUCCCCGUCUCCAGCUCCACUACCACCAAGAGGCCCCUGAGUUUAACGUUUAUAAUCUCUGCUUCCCGUCUACUGAGGGUCUGCUGGACCAAAAACAGGUUGAAUACACCAACCGCAUCCUCAACAGCAUCCAAAGAGGUCUCCUCCUGGAGGUCAAGGACACAGGUAUCUACGCCUGCAGACAGGACAGGUGCCAUGUGUUUGCCAGCACUAGUGACCCCAGUGUGGCCCACCCAGACCCCAGAAAACUUCCCCAGAACACCUUGGAGGAGAUCCUAAGCUUUGACAAAUAUGUGCAUGAGCUGAGGCAGUUUAAAGAGAACAAUGGCGGCUCUCCUGAAUACACAAUCAACAUGUGCUUUGGAGAGAAGUUUCCAGAUGGAAAACCCCUGGAGAAGAAGCUCAUUGUAGUCAAGGUGGUCCCUUUGAUAUGCAGAUACCUUCAUGAGAUGGCCCAGAUGGAGGGUUUCUCGUCUCUUCACAGCGCAAACGUCAGCCUCCAGAUUUCACACAACAGCCUAAUUGAUCUCAUUAACACCGUCUUUGGUUUGCCAUCAGCUGAAGAGCCAGAACAGGCAGCCACACCAUUUCUACCUACAAUCUGAAGGUUUACCCCUCAUUCCCCUCUAACAGGGACUUUUAGUCCACCUAUAGCAGGGUGUCCAAACUUUUUCCAUCGGGGGCCACAUAAAGACACAUAUAAGGACGGUGGGACCACUUUCAUAUACCUCACUUUGAGGGUAUUUAAGUUAGUAAAACCAGUCUAAUGUAGGUUAAGAUAUGCUUAAUAAUUGGGUAUGCUGAAAUUCAAGACUGACACUUGCUCCACCCCUGAAAUGUCACUGGUGCUGCUUUUUGCUGCCAUAAUCCAUUAGAGCAUUAUAAGUCAAGAUAUGAUUAUUAUUUUGGUUGCCAAUUUGUUCACAAUGUGCAGUGGUACAAAACAAAAUCAGGAAAAUCUUCUCGUCAAAAUGUUAAUUUACAGAAUCAGAAUGGUAGUGGCUCCUUGUGCUGAAACUAAGAAGAAUAAGCACAUGUUUCAUGCUCUAAUAUGGGCCAUAUUUCAUUCUACUUGAAAGAAUUUGUUCCAAGCCAAUAAAAAGUCGGUCCCCCCAGCCGUAGUUUGGACACCCCUGACCUAUGGGAUCACAAGAUGCACCACAGCCUGCUCUGAUCCAAAGCUUUGCUUAAAAACUUUUUCAGGAUGUCAUGUUUAAUAUCUGACUCUCCAUCCUCCUGCUUCUGUUCACUUUAUCAUUAACUAUCAGCAGAAAACUGACAUAAUAUCACUACAUACUGAAAGCAGAACUAGACUCCUUCAAGUGGGCUGUUACAUUACUAAGAAUGAAUUUUUAAAUGACUUCUGUAAAUGUCAAAUCAUCACUGAAAUGUGCGCUUCUGAUGAUUCCAUAUCUAUAAGCUUGAAAAGUGAGAAUUAAGGUCUUUUCAUAGUGUCAUAUGUGGUUAACUGUUUUGCACUUCUAUAUUUGUUAAGGUUUCCAAUCUGUCAUUUUGCACUUUCUUUAACAGAAAAAAAGAUCUAGCUGUAAGAUUUUAGAUACAUUGUUAAACACUGAAAAAAGUCUCAUGUCUUUAUCCCUGUGAUGAAAUGUAUGUUUUAUAAUGCUGGAAGAUAUUUAAUAAAAACAUGGACAAAAACUUUGGGGUAUUAGCGGCUCUCUUUUACAGGGUAUGUCCAGAAAUUCUGACAUCAAAUCUAAUACU